GGUUUCUGUCCUGCGCGACACUCCUCCCAUCGACCGUUUCAGUUUUUUGGCCCAAACUCCUCUCUCUCUCUCUCUCUGUGUCUCUCUCUAGAAGAAAAGCCCAACAACAAACAACCUCCAAUUAAACUACUACAAUUUUCUCUCGCUUGCCAUAUAUACAAAGUGCAAUUCAAUCACCCUCGUCAUCAUCCAAAACAGUGCCGUACAUUAUUAUAUUUCCUUUGUAUUAUUAUUCCACCACAAGAAGAGUUAGUGUUGCAGAGGAAGCAAAUCAAUCAAUCGAAUGGCUCAAAUCUUCAAGCACGAAGAGCUCCCGAUCCCAAUUCACGACAGCCUGGAUCCUGUCUAUGGCGACUCUUCCCAACUCGAAGAGGCGCAGCUUCGUUUCCACACUUUGAAGUCCAAGUUUCAACAGGUCUUCGGUCACGCCCCUCAACUGUUCGCUCGCUCUCCAGGGAGAGUGAACUUGAUCGGAGAGCACAUAGACUAUGAGGGCUAUUCGGUGUUGCCGAUGGCGAUACGACAGGACACCAUUGUCGCAAUUCGGAGGCACGACGAGGGAGAGGCCGAGAAGGUUCUCAGAAUUGCCAAUGUCAACGAUAAGUACCAAAUAUGUACUUAUCCCGCUGACCCUAACCAGGAAAUUGACUUGAAGAAUCACAAAUGGGGCCAUUACUUCAUUUGUGGGUACAAAGGUUUUUAUGAGUACGCCAAAUCCAAAGGAGAAAAUAUUGGCGCACCAGUUGGACUUGAUGUUCUUGUUGAUGGAACAGUUCCUGCAGGGUCUGGACUAUCAAGCUCUGCAGCAUUAGUUUGUGCUUCUACUAUUGCUAUAAUGGCUGCUUUUGAUGUGAAUUUUCCCAAGAAAGAAGUUGCCCAACUUACAUGCGACUGUGAGCGACACAUUGGUACACAAUCUGGUGGAAUGGAUCAGGCAAUCUCAGUGAUGGCCAAGACUGGAUUUGCAGAGCUAAUUGAUUUCAACCCUAUACGUGCUACUGAUGUGCAACUUCCAGACGGUGGAACUUUUGUUGUAGCCCAUUCCUUAGCAGAAUCUCAGAAAGCAGUAACUGCGGCAAUAAAUUACAAUAACAGAGUUGUUGAAUGUCGUCUAGCUUCUAUUUUGCUGGGUAUAAAUUUGGGAAUGAAACCGCAAGAGGCAAUUUCAAAAGCCAAAACUCUUUCUGAUGUUGAAGGGUUGUGCAUAUCAUUCGCUAGUACUCGAGGGUCUUCAGAUCCUGCCCUUGCUGUAAAGGAGUAUUUGAAAGAAGAACCUUAUACAACUACCGAAAUAGAGAAAAUCCUUGGGGAAAGUCUACCAUCUAUCUUCGCAACUUCUCCAUCUUCUUUGAAUGUAUUGAAUGCUGCUAAUCACUUCAAGUUAUAUCAGAGAGCCUCCCAUGUCUACUCUGAAGCCAAGCGGGUACAUGCUUUCAAGGACACUGUAUCAUCAAAUUUAAGUGAUGAGGAUAAGCUAAAGAACCUUGGUGAUCUUAUGAAUGGGAGCCACUAUAGCUGCAGUGUGUUAUAUGAGUGCAGCUGUCCGGAGUUGGAAGAACUCGUAAAUAUUUGUCGGGAGAAUGGGGCUCUUGGGGCAAGGCUUACAGGAGCGGGAUGGGGAGGCUGUGCUGUUGCUUUGGUAAAGGAUAGUAUUGUCCCAGAGUUUAUCCUUAACUUAAAGGAACGGUUCUACCAGUCGCGGAUCGACAGAGGUGUCAUAAACAAUAACGACCUCGGCCUAUAUGUUUUCGCUUCCAAGCCGUCGAGUGGCGCUGCUAUUUUCAAGCUUUAGUAUAUGUUAACUUGUGCAGUGCUCUGUGACUUCGGCUUCAAACUAUAUAGUACUCUGACUGUCUUAACUAAAUGUAUGUCGAUGAACCAUAUGAAUCUCUACUUCAAUUUAAUAAAACCUGGUGCGUUCCAUUCA